UCCACACAGCUGUUGUGCCUCUAUCUGCUGUGUCACUGAACCCUCUUCAUCACUCUCUCCCCUCAGAGCCAGCUCUGGUAAACCAGAAACAACAAAGAACAAUAUUCAAUUCUUAGAACCCACUGCUGACAAGCAAACGAUCACUACACCUGCUACUACUCUGGAGUCUAAAAUGGAGACGAGCAUCUGUGACAUUUCUGAAGAGCUCAAUAGACAACUGGAAGACAUCAUUAACACAUAUGGGUCCGGGGCAAGUUCAGAGCAGGACAGCGCCAACAAGGAGCCAGAAGAUGUCGAUAAAGGGGAAUCCGACGACACCAAUGGGGAGCAGCCGGUCACCAGCGAGGCAUCUGCAGCCAAGGAGGUCAGUGCUGGCAAGGAACAGAAGCUAGAGAAGAAGAUCAUUAAAGGACUGGGGAAGGAAGCCACACUGCUUAUGCAAAGUUUAAACAAGUUGAAUACCCCAGAGGAGAAACUGGAAGUUCUUUUCAAGAAGUAUGCAGAACUGCUGGAAGAGCACCGGUCUGAGCAGAAACAGCUGAAAAUUCUUCAGAAGAAACAGGCCCUGAUUACGAAGGAGAAGGACCAUCUGCAAAGCGAGCACAGCAGAGCCAUUCUGGCACGUAGCAAACUGGAGAGCCUGUGUCGUGAGCUGCAGCGACACAACAAGACACUCAAGGAGAAAACUAUCCAGCGGUCUCGUGAAGAUGAAGAGAAACGCAAGGAGAUCACCGCCCACUUCCAGAACACCCUGAUUGACAUCCAGAGCCAGAUUGAGCAGCACAGUGACCGCAACAACAAGCUGUGUCAGGAGAACAGCGACCUGGCAGAGAAACUCAAGGGCAUCCUCGACCAAUAUGAGCAGAGGGAGGAGCACCUAAAUAAAAUCUUCAAGCACCGUGACUUGCAGCAGCAGCUGCUGGAUGCCAAGUUAGAACAGGCACACGUGAUGCUGAAGGAAGCUGAGGAUUGUCACCAAAGAGAAAAGGAAUAUUUACUGACCCAGGCUGCUGAGUGGAAGCUACAGUCUAAGAUGCUGAAAGAACAAGACACACUGAUGCAAGCGCAGCUGACCCUGUACACUGAGAAGUUUGAAGAAUUCCAGGGCACGAUGACAAAGAGCAAUGAAGUGUUUGCAAAUUUCAAACAGGAGAUGGACAGAAUGUCAAAGAAAAUGAAGGCAUUAGAGAAAGAAACAACUGUCUGGAGAACUCGCUUUGAGAGCUGUAACAAGGCACUUCUAGAUGUGAUUGAAGAGAAAGUUGUACAGGACAAAGAGUUUGAGUGCUUCCAGCUUAAGAUUCAGAGGUUGGAGAAACUGUGCCGAGCCCUGCAGGAUGAGAGGACCGUGUUAUACAAGAAGAUUUCGGAAAUACGUGGCACACGGGAGGAGAAAAAGGAGGAGGAAGACAGUGAGGACGAGAGUGCCAAGGAAGUCAAGCAAUUCCCUUUGCCUCAGCUUCCCUGCAUCCAAGAUCCCACGGUUGCCUUCAAGAUCUCCCAUAUCAUAGAGGAGGAGGAGAGCCCUUCAGAGGCAAGUCAAGUAGUAGAAGUUGAAAGCUUACCUACUCCUCAGCCCGAGCCAGCUGCUCCAGUCAACAAUGAGAGGCCAGCAGAACCCACCUCCGACAAGCCAAGUGCCACCCAGGAGAACACCCAGGAACAAACAGACAGGGACAUGGAAGCAGUUGACUAAAACUGGACUGUCAUUAAAUUUAAUUCAGUUUCUACGUUGACCCUAGCAGAGUCAGCAGUUUUUCUAAUAAGGCCUUUUUCAUCCUGUAAACUGUUUUAAAACUAUCAGGAAACAUAGAUGGAGAUUAUUUAAUAUUUUGUAAUAUUUAAGCCAGAUUUUGUAAUAUUUAAGCCAAAAGACAAGUCUGUAUCACAGUAGCAAAGUAAAAAUGUUAAGAAUAAAAAGGGUUUUUUAAUUGUCUUUGACCCCUUAAAUAAAAUUGGCAGAGAGAGAAUUUAAAAGGGAAAGGAGAGAGACAAUGAUACUGAGAUCGGAAGAGUGGGACUGAAAGUACUUUUGUGUCCUAAGUAAAGUGCUUUUGUGUCCUUGGUUGAGAUUGCUAAGUGAGAUAAAAUUUUAAAAAAUAACUAUGCUGCCUUAAUAUUUUGUCUAUAAUUAGUUACCAUGACAACUAAGUAUAAACUUAGUUAUUUCUAUUUGCUGUGAUGUUAUACCAGACAUACUUUUCUCAAGUUGUAAGUAUCAUGUUUAAACAUCACUUAAAUAAAAUAAAAAUCAAUGCAUCCAUAAAAAAAAAAAA